AACGAUGGAUACCGUAAUUGGGCAAUCCAGAAAGUUAACAAUGAAUUUGAUAAAAUCAAUAAGACUACGAGACGAAACGCCAAGGAAAAGAACAAAACGAAAGGGAAAGUCGUAUACCCUUACAUCUAUCAAAACCAUUACGAGGAUUUACCAUGGUCUUGGCAUUGCAAUAGCUACGAAACCACAUUCAGACUCUCCGAAAUGUCCUAAUCCAUCCUAAGGAUAAAACACGCGAAGAGGACGUCGCAGAAGGCGUAUACAAAAUGGAUGCAAGUACUGCGACGCAUCAUAUAUCAGAAUAAACAGAUAAGUGAUUCCAGGUCCGACUCAAUGAACAUCAGAAAUGUGCUGAAUUCCAAUAAGGCAAAAAAUCACUAGAUCGAAAACAUUAUCAGUCCAUGGUCACUAAAUCUGCAUUCACAUAUCAUUCUGCACAGCAAAACCAUAUCAUUGACUGAGAAAAUUCCAAAUUAGACAACAGGGAAAACAACCUUUUCAGGUGGUUGGAUAAAGAAGCCUCCUGGAUACGCCGCAGCGUGCCAGUACUAAACAUGGACGAGGGGGACAAAGAUUCUGGUACAUAUAUGACCAAGAGUUAAACAAAGCGUAGCCGAAUAGACUGCAGUACAAUGUUCAUUUGUGUAGCUUUCAAGAUGCAAAUCUUAAAAGGGUUGGAAACUGAUGUUCCAAGGAUGCAGGAAAUUCUACUUGCAUUAAAGCCAUAACUGGUAUUGCAGUAUGGAAGAGAGAGUUUUUCCUGUGGAGAUCGAGGUGCCAGGCUUCCAGUGUGGGUUGAUGGAAACCCUGUAUGGACUAUGGCAAAGAGGUCAGCUGUGUGAUGCUGUGAUACAUACAAGCAAUGGUAGUGUAGAGGCUCACAGAGCAGUGCUGUGUGCUGCAAGUCCGUACUUACAUAAUAUGGAGGUGAGUGACAGACAGCAGUUCAGAGUGUCACACUACCACCUACAAGUUGGGAGGCUAGAGGAUGUUACUGUCAUACUCAGGUUGUUCUACACAGGAAAGUUUGCUGUUUCAUCAGAAAAUGUUGAGAACCUAAUGCAGCUUUGUUUGUUUCUACAAGUAGGAGAGGCUGUGAAAGUAUGCCAGAGAUUCUUUAAUGGAUGGCAUUCUCAGAAAGGACAAACUACUAGAAACUUACCUGAAAGUUUGUUUUUACUAGAAAAUAAACUUGGUCUAAGAGAUGGAUCACCAAAUAUUCCUGUAGGUGUCAGCAUCCAAGGGUACUCCCAGCUACCCAAUACAAGUCCCCAUAACAGUCCUGGUACAGAAAGUGUGCAGCAAGAUCAACUGAAUGUUCAUACAGAUCAACACUACACACAUGUUGACAGAAAUCAACAGGCAGCUGUAGAUAUGAGCAAUGCAUAUGAUGUUCACAUGUGUGUUUCUCGGGAAAAUCAUAUUUCAUGUGACAGUACUCGUCAUGAAGGUCAAAGGUCACCUGUAACUAUCUCUUCUCAAGAGUUAACAUUUCUGCAGAAAGUUAGGAGAUCAGACCCUGAUGAUUCUCUUGAUGGACAAAGAUCAAUGCAAAUUCCAAAUGACUGUGAUGAAGACACUGAGAAAUUGGCUUCUUGUCUGUUAGCAAAUGAUGUUGACAAUUUGUCAAAUUCAUCAACUUCAGAUACACAAGGGUUUGUAAAUUCAUCUUUAAGUGAAGAUGUGACAAAGAAAGAAGGAGAAACAAAAAGAAGUCAGUCAUCGCCCAAUAUCAACACUUCACCAUUAAGCCCUGAAGUAGAUGAUUCUUACUCUAAGUUUAAUUCUGAUAACCUCACAUCACAUCAGCAGUGGCCUAUUAAUUGUAGAGAUGGCAAUGAGAAAGUUCAAAAUAGAAGCAGUUUUUCCCAGCACAAAAAACUUUGCCAUUCAAAAUCAUCAACAUUUGACUCCUCCAAAUCAUUAAGUACAAAUGAUGAGCUAGGAAGUUCCUUAGAAUGUAAUGAGGAUAAUGUAAGUACCUUGUGUACUGAUUCUGGAAAUACUAUCAAAAAAAUGGAAAAGACAAUUGAAAGCAAAACUAUAAACACAUGUUCUCUUCGUUCGAAUUUGAGAUCUAAACAUGGAAGUGAAAAUUUGAAAAGCAACAAACAUGCAAAGAAACAAAAAUUAGGACCAACUUCAGAUGGAAAGAACCAAGAGAAAGUUGAUACCAGUAAACCUAAGGUACAGCGUGUUAAAGGUAGGGAUCCUGUAAAUAUUGCAACUAGAACUAAGACAAAAAGAGGCAGCAAAGACACCAAAAAGCAGGCACAGGCAAAUGUGAUAUGUACCUUAUGUAAGUUGGUGUUUACUUCAAAAAUGGAGCGUGCCAAACACAAGCGCGAGGUUCACAAAUUAAAACCUGAUGGUUAUAAGUGUGCCGUCUGUAAAGGCACAUUCUCCACCCUACAUCAACUUAAGACCCACAAAGAACAAGCCCAUCCAGAGAAGAUCAGGUGCUUUAAAUGUGAUGGUCACCCCUCUUUCUCUACAGUUAGUGAGCUUGAAAAUCAUCGUAGGAACCAGCAUGUAAGAGAUCAGACUAUUAUAUGUAGAAUCUGCAGAGAAACAUUUGCAACAAGAGAUGCUAAAAAUGAUCAUGUAAAAAAGGUUCACCCUUAUGGAAAGAACUGUCCUGAGUGUAAUACAAAGUUUGAUAACUGGAAACAUCUGGUUGACCACAGAAACCACAAACACAAUGUUCCCUUUGAGGCGAACAAAUAUGAAAUCUUUUCUUGUGAUAUAGAGAAUUGUGACUACCAGACAGUGGAUAAAUAUCGGUAUUUAUGCCACAAGCGGGAUGUCCACUGCUGUGAUCGGAGUCAUACUUGCCUCACAUGUAACUCCACUUUUAAAAGCAAGCGUGCUCUAAAGUCUCAUCAGGAGGUGCACCUUGACCGUGACCAAAGGAAUGGCUCUCAGUGUGAUCAGUGUGGCAAGAAGUUCCUCUCUGUUACUUACCUCAAGACUCACAUUGACACCAUGCACAGCGAGGAGAAGAAACCUAUAAAGAAGCAGUUCCUGUGUCACCUUUGUCCGAACAGCUUCAGGGACAAACAUUUCUUCCACAGUCACAUGUUACGAGCACAUGAGGUGGCUCCCCCUGCUGACCUGAAAUUGCACAGGUGUACACACUGUGAUUUUUUUACUGUUCAGAAAUCACAUUUGAGAAAGCAUAUGAGGCACCAUUCUACAGAAGCAAAAGAAUAUGAAUGUAACUCUUGUGGAAAGAAGUUUUUGACAGAAGAUUGUUUGGGAAGACAUAUACAGAGACACCAAAUGAAAGAUGAGUUCUGUCCUAUACCAGGAUGUGGAUAUUCCACCAAGUACAAAAGUAAUCUUAAAAACCAUGUGGCACGUAUCCACACUCAAAAGGAUCUGAAACCGUUCCUUUGUCCCUACUGUGACUACAGAUGUAAAGAGAAAGGCAACCUCAACAAACAUAUCACAGGCAAGCACAAGAUGGAGGUUGUCACCGUGGCUAAGCUAAGGAAGAAUGCCAUUAAAACAGGCACAGGCUAUCCUAACUUUGUCACCAUGUCGCAGUCUAACACUGCUGCAUCCUACUCAGAGGAGGAAAAUAUGGAAAGUCAAGUAAACAUGGCAAUGACUAUGUCUGCCUCCUACAAUCAGUAUCAACUUGACUAUAACAUGCAGGUUUACAAUGGUGUCACGUGACACAGUGUUCAGAUGUACAAUGCUGCCAUGUGACACAGUGUAUAGACCUACAAUGGUGCCAUGUGACACAGUGUACAGGUUUACAAUAGCACAAAGUGACACAGUGUACAGAUCUACCAUGGUGCCAUGUGACACAGUGUACAGGUUACAAUAGUGCCAUGUGACACAGUGUACAGGUUUACAAUAGUACCAUGUGACACAGUGUACAGGUUACAAUAGUACCAUGUGACACAGUGUACAGGUUACAAUAGUACCAUGUGACACAGUGUACAGGUAACAAUAGUGCCAUGUGACACAGUGUACAGGUUUACAAUGGUGCCAUAUGACACAGUGUACAGGUUACAAUAGUACCAUGUGACACAGUGUACAGGUAACAAUAGUGCCAUGUGACACAGUGUACAGAUCUACCAUGGUGCCAUGUGACACAGUGUACAGGUAACAAUAGUGCCAUGUGACACAGUGUACAGGUAACAAUAGUGCCAUAUGACAUAGUGUACAGGUUACAAUAGUACCAUGUGACACAGUGUACAGGUUUACAAUAGUACCAUGUGACACAGUGUACAGAUCUACCAUGGUGCCAUGUGACACAGUGUACAGGUUACAAUAGUGCCAUGUGACACAGUGUACAGGUCUACAGUAGUGCUAUGUGACACAGUGUACAGGUAACAAUGGUUCCAUAUGACAAAGUGUACAGGUUACAAUAGUACCAUGUGACACAGCGUCCAGGUCUACAAUAGUACCAUGUGACAGUGUACAGGUUAUAAUAGUACCAUGUGACAUAGUGUACAGGUUACAAUGGUGCCAUGUGAUACAGUGUACAGGUUACAAUGGUGCCAUGUGACACAGGGUACAGAUCUACAAUGGUGCCUUAUGACACAGUGUACAGGUUACAAUGGUGCCAUGUGACAUAGUGUACAGGUCUACAAUAGUGCCAUAUGACACAGCGUCCAGGUCUACAAGAGUACCAUGUGACAGUGUACAGGUUAUAAUAGUAACAUGUGACAUAGUGUACAGGUUACAAUGGUGCCAUGUGAUACAGUGUACAGGUUACAAUGGUGCCAUGUGACACAGGGUACAGAUCUACAAUGGUGCCAUGUGACACAGUGUACAGAUCUACAAUAGUACCAUGUGACACAGUGUACAGCUCUACAAUGGUGCCAUUUGACACAGUGUACAGAUCUACAAUAGUGACAUGUGACAGCGUACAGAUGACAAUGGUGCCAUGUGACACAGUGUAUAGGUCUACAAUAGUACCAUGUGACACAGUGUACUGGUCUUGAAUAGAUCUCGAGGCCCCUCUCUAAUAUAUUUGUAUUCGUUUCCAUGUAUCUGAAGCCAGCUUCUUCACAAGACAAAUAGUGAAAAUGUAACAUGUUUUUACUAUAUGUCUAUACAUAUGUAUCUCAGGAAAACUGUAUUUGCAGCCAUUCUAGUCAAAUUCCUUGUGUCAAAAUAUAUCUUAACCUGUAAUAUCAUUAUGAACAGAUGCAUAAGAAGCAUUUUGUUUUUUAUGCUACCCGAAGGAAGAUAUGUAUUGAGAAAAUAAAACGCACAAAAACCUUACCUAUUUUCAAUAGCUUAAACAUCUGUGUGUAUGUUUGGCUAUCUUGUAUUAGAGAGGUACAUGUAUAUAAAACAUGUUACCUAUAUAUAUAUCUCUGCUUGUAUAUAAGUAUGUACCAAUUUCUUGUCAUAUGUAUGUCCAGGUACUUAAUUUUUUAUUGAAUUGCUAGAUAAUCGACAGAACAUUUAUAGAUUAAAAGCCUUUUUACAGCUUGACAAUAUCAGACUAUAGUGUGAGGUCAUUACUAUUUGUGGGGGGGUUAUUUUUCACAUUGUUUUUUGUUGGUACCCUUAAUCCAUGAAUUCAUAUGUCCAUGAACUGUUGUAAGUUAAGGACAUUUAUUGAACUAUAUUUAUCCAUGAAAUCAAAUUUUCAUGAAAAAGUGAUUUCUUUGAAAAAUAAUGAAAAUUGUGCUUUACGAAUAUACAUGUAUAUGAUUUUACAGUACUUUGGUGUUUAUGCAAUUACUCAGCACUGCGUGAUACUUGGGCAAUAAUGAAUGAAAGCAAUUGUUUUAUAUGUCAUUAUCAGUGGUCAUGUCUUUAAGCAAUUUAUUUCUGACAGUUAUUUUAGGGGUCAUGCCUGUAUUCAUCACUAUGUCUAGUGCUUUAUAUUUAAUGUUUUAUUGAUAUUACUGUUAUAAAAGUUGUAACAUGACACAGAAUUAAACAUAAUAUAUACAUGCUUACCAUAAUUUGCCUUUAUAUACAUUUUACCUGUUAUUAAAUUGAAAUAUUACUGUUGUCAUAAUACACAAUGGCAGAAAUGAUUUUUAACAGGUUUUGGUCAUUGAAUUUAAUAUUUAUAAGAACUUGCACAAA